ACACAUUGCACACCACUGGACAUCUACUGUACGUAUAGUUUUUUACCGUGUAGAAUCGGGUAUACAAUGUACUAUAAUUAUACAAAAUUAUUGGGCAUGUAUCUGUAAUUUUCUGUUUGAGAUUUUUAAAUAUUGCGUUAACUGGCUGUAAUAAGUUGGAGUUUAUAAAUCGUGUAUAUUUAACAUGCUGGACGAAGACACCUGCACUAUUGUAACACUGUUAUUCGAAGUUAUCACGGAAAACUAACCUUACUGUGAAAUUCUGAGAGUCGAUUCGAAAGGUGUGCAUACAUACCAUACAAACAGACUCAAAUGGCAAAUGGAAUUUUAUUUCGCCGGUUCCUGUGUACGGUACUUCACACCCACGGUACAGUGCAAUACUAUAAUUCAACAUGCAUCUGAUGUUGGUAAGCCUUAGGAUAAAACAUGGACCACGAAAAAGGCAACCAAUAUUCCAGUGGGGUCUCCAGUCCAUCCUGCUUAGAUGAUGUUGAACAACCAAUACCGGCACCAUUUCCGACGCCCACCGAAGAAUCCCAUGACUCUGCCGAGCCUGCACCAACUAACCCAAAACGGUUAUGGGUAUUGUCAAUAAUCAUGCUGUUGCUGUACGUCACGCUCGGCACCGGUGCUGCCCAACUGACCAACUUGGCGUUCGCCGAUACCAGUCUUCAUUUCAAAGCUCCCUAUUUAUUUACCAUGAUCAAAAUGAUGUUCCGUGCACAAGCAUUGACGUUCUAUUUCAUUGGGAACACGUGUACAAAACUGUUACGUCGAAGGAAGAUUGAUUUAGCAAAAACGUGGAGGAGGUGCAAAAGCAUUAUCGGCGAGGACGGGAUUACAUGGAGACUCGUGGUAUACCGUUUUGGGCCAGCGGCCAUUUUCAAUUUGGCAGUCCAAAUAUUAUAUACGCUCUCGAUGGCCAAUCUCACAGCUUCCGUCGCAACUGCCUUGAGUGCACCCUCUGUCGCAGUUUCCUACUUGUUCUCCUGGUUCUUUUUGAAACAGCCGGCGCUGGCGCUUAAGAUUUUAUUUGUGGGAGUGGCCUUUGCCGGCGUAGGUCUAAUUACAUACGACAGUUUUGCGAAAACCAUCACUACCAGUUCUGUUGUUGGUAUUGUUUGUGUUCUGCUAUCCGAUUUGUGCUUAUCGUCGUACCAGCUGGCUUUCAAAAAAGCAUUUCCAAAGGGAGAUUUUGGUCAAGUGUCCUUUGCAGUAACCGGGAUGUUUCUCGUUAUGUGCCUGAUUUACUGGCCAGUGCCGGUAGCUUUGAAAUGUACCGGUGUGGAAGUUUACGAUAUCCGGCUACUUCCGUACGGCAUUCUUUUCGGCGCAUGGAUAUGUUCUUCAUUGGCUGCACUGGUCUAUGGAUACGGUCUGGUACUGUCCACUCCGUUUUUUAUGUCCCUUAGCGAGCUGCUUAUAAUGGUGACCAAUAUCGUUUUUGAUUCUGCUGUAAGGAAAGUAUCCAUAUCCGCUGCCCAGAUUGGCGGUUCGCUGUUGAUUGGUGUCGCUUUUAUUGUGGUCAUUCUGCCGGACAAUCUGUUACGUAUUCGGAAGCUGUUCAGAUGUUUCUACGAAGACACGCAACCGGCAUCUGUGGAGGCGGGAGAGUUGAAACCACACACAGAAAUUUCCUGUGCCGUUGAUGCGGCUUCUAACACCGGUGCUGACAAGACAAAACCACCAGCAGAUCCAGAAAAAACACAAGAUAAAGGAGACUGAAGUUUUGUACACACAGAAAUUAGCAAACUGUUUGUACAGCAGUGUUCCUGACAGUUAACAGGCCUUCGCGGUGGUAAUUAAUAUACUGGUCUCACAUGAUAUAAAGGACUGCUGGCGUCGAUCACAUGGCUGGAAGAUGGAUAUUACAUGACAUUCUAUUUCUAGUCAUGGUUUCCGGCGCAUCUCGCGUUCGGAUGUGCAGUAAAAAUGGAUAAUGUUGUGUGCAUGAUCGUUGAGUGGCUUUUGUGUACUGGAAAUUUCAUGACCGGCAACGAAAACAUUUGCAUUUCAGUAGGUAUAG